AAAAAAGACGCCAAAAACAUCUGCGCCGUAGUAAAUUUCUUACGUCACUGAUUGUUUUGUAUUUGUAUAUAUAUACAUGGUAUAUAUAUAUAUAUAUGUUUGUCUCUGUUAAAUAAGUGAGAAUUAAAGAAGAGGAUAAUACCAUACAGGCCGGCAGCAUGUUCCAGUUUUUAAUAAUUUUAUGUUUCGCUGCUCAGUUUUCGAACAGCCUCGCAAACGAAGCAUGUGAAUUGCCAGUGAAUCAUGGAAGAUGUGAAACCUCUUCUAGUGAACGUUGGUAUUUUGAUGCGAAAUCCAAAACAUGUAAGAAAUUUAAGUUUACAUGUGGAGGUAAUAGAAAUAAUUUCCUGUCUUACGAAGAAUGCAUUGGAAUGUGUACAGAUGUUUGUACUUUGCCUGUAGGAUAUGGAACAGGUUGGGCAUCUGUUAGAAGGUAUUACUUCAACAAAAAGGAGAAUAAAUGUGAAGCAUUCGACUUCGCUGGAGAAGGCGGGAACCGUAAUAACUUUGCCAGUAUCGAAAAAUGUCAAAAUACAUGCAUGAGUGUUUGUAAGCUACCACCUGUAACUGGCUUAUGUCGUGCGCUGUUUCUACGCUUUUACUACAAUCAUAAAUCACAGAAAUGCGAGAAUUUUUAUUAUGGAGGGUGUGGAGGAAACAGGAAUAAAUUCACGACUAUCCAGGAUUGUCAAAAAGCCUGCCAACAUUUUAAAAUUUAAAAUAUUGCCAGCUACAGCGAUGUGCAUUUAAUCAGAAAGCUUGUUUUUCUUACUAAAAUUUAUCUUUAAGCAAAGAAAAUAAAUCGUUAAAAAUAAAUCUAAAUCCAAUCGAUUUUCUCCCCAAUGAAUGUCGGCGACAUAUAUCUUAGAUGUAUCUAAAAUAUGUCGUCGAGGCUGUUGCUAACAUACAUUUUUCUAUAUAUUUCAAAUGUAGUUCGAAUAACACGGAAAAGAGAAAUCUUCCCUUCCUUCUUCGGACAUAAUUAAAGCAAAACCAUGUGUUAGAUAAAUAAAAUAUAUUUGUAAGUUAUGAAA